UUUAAACCCUGUAUGCUCUUAAGGCAUCUUUGUGCAUGAUAAUGUCCUGAAGAGAAGGUCCUGUAUCAUUUUUUGUUUGUAUUCCAUUGCUGAGCACACAGUGGAUAUUUAAUGAACAUUUCGUUAACUUACUGUUGUAAAGUCAGGCUUUGUGGGGAUGUUUCUUAUUCUUUCAAUGAGGCUUUUUUUACAUUUCCUGAGGAGGAUUUAAAGAAAGCAAAAAACAAAAAACCAUUACCAUUUUCCAAGUGUGUAAUUGUAGUUGAGAGGUGAAACAGCCAUAUAAAAUAUUUUAAAAUUUUAUGAGUGUAGAAGGUUUGUUGGAUGUGCGAUAACAUUGCAGUUUUGUUCCAGUUAAUAGUCAGGAUGAUUGGUCUCAAGCAGCAGUGGUGACUCUUGGAAGUUAAGAGAAAAUGGAGCUUAAAGUUUAAAGUGUGCAAAGAUUAGAAGACUCUGUUUUUGAGAUUAUGGAACAAUAGCUCCUCCCUAAAGAAUAUGUACACAGGAGAGUGAAUCCCAGCUGUUGUCGAUUGGUGCCCUCUGCACACAUGUCUCACCUGUGAUUUGGAUGGAGUUAGAAGACUGGAGAUAUAAGAACGUUCUUGAAGAAGCCGAGUGCCUACUUGUUGAUGAAUCAGAGAAGAACCAAGAAAGCAAAGACAAUUUUUUGAAUUCAGUUUUGUUCACAUUCAGUAAAAUUCUGACUAUGGAGAGACUCCAUGGUUAUAACAUGAGCUCAAGUCUUAAUCCUACAAGAAAAAAACCCUAUAAAUGUAAAUCAUAUGGGAAGAGUUUGCAGCCUGCUUUAGAUUUAUUUGAUUAUAAUAGAUGUUGUACUGGAGAAAACUCUUAUGAAUGCACUCAGUGUGGGAGAGCCUUCAAAAAGAAGUUUCAUUUCAUUAGACAUGAAAAAAAUCAUACAAGAAAAAAGCCCUUUGAAUGCAACGACUGUGGGAAAGCCUAUAGCAGGAAGGCCCACCUUGCAGCUCAUCAGAAAAUCCAUAAUGGAGAGAGAGCCUUUGCGUGCAGUGAUUGUGGGAAAGCAUUUAUGUACAAAGCACAGCUGGUGGUCCACCAGAGACUUCACACCGGAGAGAAGCCUUACGAGUGCCAUCAGUGUGGGAAGUCAUUCACUUGGAACUCCUCCUUUACCCAACAUGUGAAAUCUCAUACGCUCGAGAACUCAUUUGAAUGUAAGGAAUGUGGGAAAACCUUCAGGUAUAGCUCAUCCCUUUAUAAACAUUCUAGAUUUCAUACAGGAGAGAAGCCCUACCGAUGUAUUGUAUGUGGCAAAGCCUUUGGUAACACAUCUGUGCUUGUGACACAUCAAAGAAUUCACACAGGAGAGAAACCAUAUGAGUGUAUUGAAUGUGGCAAAGCCUUCAUCAAGAAGUCACAUCUCCUUAGACACCAGAUAACUCACACAGGAGAAAAGCCCUACAAAUGUAACAAAUGUGGGAAAGCUUUUUCCCAGAAGUCAAAUCUUAUUGUACAUCAGAAAGUUCAUAUAUAAUAUUCAUGUUGUGGAUAUGACAAAGCCUUAAAUAUUAGAUAAAUCUUAUUAAGUAGAAGAGAAAUUCAUGUUGAGAACUCCACCAAUUUGAAUGGAUUUGGAAGAGUAGAUUCCCAGAAAAAAUAAUCAAUGCCAACCAUGUUCUGGAAGUGAUAACAAAGUGUUUACAGAAAAAGAUCACAGAAAACAUUGAUUUAUAAAUAAUAGAGCAUGAGCUUAAAAAAGUCGCAUAAAUUAAUGAAGGAAUUAGUGAAAACUACAUUUACUAUCCCUGAUUUUUAUAACAAAUUAUUGAAUUAUGCAAAUGUGAGUAUAAAAUGUUUAUGUGUUAAAUUAUAUCUAUUAAGAGCGAAGCACAUACCAUUUUUUCUUCCAAUCCUAAAAACAUGCGAGUGAAAAAAUGUGGUUUAAUAUGAAGUACGAAUUUCAGUAAUAUUUUUAUCCAUUUGCUGGCACUUUUCAUGGGCCGGGCAGUGUUACUGAAUCUCAGUCUCUUUAACUAUAAAACUUGUUAAAAAGAUGUUUUCCUGUGUAUGUAAGCAGCAAAAACAAACAAUAUGCCCGUUGAGAGGGAAAAACAUUUCUGUAUUACAGUAAGUUGAAAUUAAGUAAGUUUGUAAAUAAAACAUUUGCACUUCAAA